AAAUGUACGAGGGUAUGGUUAGGACCAGGCUAGUAGGCUAGUUCUCCCCUUAUUAGACAUUUUCAGGUAGGCUACACCUUAAUGUAACGCCAAGCCCUCGCUCCUCGUCUCGAGGCCAAGGCCUGAUGUCUUUCUAGGCUAAACCGUUGUGACUUUGUGUAGUCCAUUUUCUGUUUCACACUGACAAAGGGUAAAUAAUAUUGUUCAUGUCAGCUGCCUGUUCGCUUUAUGAAUAUCGUUUCGGCUCGCGAGAGCUAGCGCAGCCAGAGGCUGUUUAGGCCCAUAUUAGACAUUCUCUGGUGCUGCUCAUUCAACUCAAGAUGGCUGAGUCCAGAGCGAAGAGAGCAAGUCAAACUGACUGGCGGCAAGUUCUUUUUUAAUUAAGCUAUCGAAAUGCUUAUCCAAACAACGUCAAUUGCGGCACUGGACUCCGUUGGAUAAUAAAAAAAGAGUGCCCGGUUCUUGAGUUGAUAGUGGGAGCCCAUUCUAAUUUGUACACACACACACACAGAUGUGUGAUGCCCACGGAAGGUCCCCAUUUGAACACCACUGGAGUCAAAAUCACGUGAUACUGUACAUAAUACGGAAGCAGAAGGAUGUAAGCACUUCAGUGAUUGAAAUAAGAUUGUAGAAAAGUCUAUAAAUAAAAUAGAACACUCAUAUUAACAUAUAGCACAAGUGACACUUCAACCAAAAGCCAGCAUGGAGCCCACUGCUUCAGGGAUGUUCUGUAACAGGAUGCUGAGCAUGGUCAACUCGGAGGACGUUAACGCCAUUAUCCAAGCCCAGAGACACAUGUUGGACCGCUUUGAGAAAACGAACGAGAUGCUGAUAAACUUCAACGGACUUUCCAACGUGCGUCUGCAGCAGGUGAAUGAACACUUCCUCAUCCACACAAGGACCCUGGUGGAGAUGAAGAAGGACCUGGACAGCAUCUUCAGAAGGAUCAGGACACUGAAGGGAAAGAUUGCCAAACAGUACCCUGAGGCAUUCAGCAAUGUCCAUGAGUCCCCUACCCUGGAGGAUGACGAUGAUGACCUCUGCCUGAUCCCACCCAGCGUUGCCACGACAACAGCCGCCACCUCAGAGCAGAGCACUGAGUCAUGUGACACGAGCCCAGGCCUUGUGUCGCCCGCCAUCAGCCGCUGCUCCGAAGACCUCUCAGAGCCCCAAGACACACCCACCUCCGACUGGCCUGCGGCAGGGCUGCGGGACGAGGGCCCAGACUCUGUCCCUGCGGAGUAGAGAUCUAGGACCUGAUCUAGACUCUGUCCCUGCGGAGUAGAGAUCUAGGACCUGAUCUAGACUCUGUCCCUGCGGAGUAGAGAUCUAGGACCUGAUCUAGACUCUGUCCCUGCGGAGUAGAGAUCUAGGACCUGAUCUAGACUCUGUCCCUGCGGAGUAGAGGUUUUCACACCUCCUCAUACACAGUGUUGAUUUGGGGGGGUGGCUUACACCACUGUUCUAAACAUGCAGAAUAACUCUGACGUCUAUUGAAGCUAUUGGUCAGACUUGGCUGUUGUUCUAUGAGAGGAGAUCACUUGUCUCUACUCUAGGAGCGAAUGAAGAAAAUGGUUGUGAUAGGAAUGCUCCAGAUGCUAGGCCUCCAGCCCCUAACAGGGAACAGAAUACUUACUUCUGUGGGGGCAUAGGUCCUUCACGUGUGUGUGCACAAGUGUCUUUUUUAAUCACUAUUUAGCUUGAAGACAUCCGUGUUCAGAGGUAGUGAACUUGGUUAGUUAUGCCUGCUCAAACAAGAUGUAUGUAAUUAUAGCCAUAGCAAAACAUCUCAGUGUUGUUUAUGUAAUUGAAACCGCAGAACCCAAAUACACUUUUAUUUUUUUUACAUAGAAACUGUGUUAUGGCUUAUGUUCAAAGUUGUGUUACUUACUUUCUCAAAUUGUUUGAAUUUGGGUGUAUUUACAUAUAAUUAAUGUAAAGCUCAUGGUUAAGUACUUUCCAAAAGCGUCAUAUCUUCAAUGUGAUUAAAUAUGUACUCGAAUGGUGA